AUGGCAUUGACAGAGUCAUCAGAUAACACUACAUACCAAAAUUGUGCUGAUGGUAAAGCACCAGAUACCGGUGAUACCACAUGGGUAUUGCUUUCAACUAUUCUUGUACUUGGUAUGAUGCCAGCUCUCGCUUUCUUUGAAUCCGGUCUUUUGAGAUCGAAAAAUACAUUGUCUAUUAUCACACAAAUCAUUUCCGGUAUUGUAGUAUUAACUGUUAUGUGGCAAGCCUUUGGUUUCUCUUUAACUUUUGGUCCAGAUCAAAAAGGUAUUAUUGGUAAUUUAGAUCAUGCUUUCUUGAUUGGUGUUAGUUAUGAAGAUUGUAAUCCAAAUGCACCACAUAUUCCAUCAGCGGCAUACGCUAUGUUUAUGAUGAUGUUUGCCAAUAUCACACCACUGCUGAUGACCGGUGCUUAUGCCGAGCGUGUCAAGUAUCGUUCAUUCAUUGUAUUGACAAUCUUUUGGGAGAUUAUCGUCUUCUACCCAGUUGCUCAUUGGAUCUGGGGUGGUGGAUGGAUGAAGAAUCUCGGUGUCUUGGAUUUUGCUGGUGGUAUCGUUAUUCACACAACCGCUGGUGUUAGUUCUUUAGUUAUUGCUUUAUAUAUUGGAAGAAGAAAAGAUUUUGAAAAGUACGGAGGUGAAUUCCCACCAUCAAAUAUUCCAUUGGCUGCUUUGGGUGCUGCUUUGUUGUGGAUGGGUUGGUUCGGUUUCAAUGCUGGUUCCGCUCUUGCCGCUGGAUCGGUUGCUACCUCGGCUGUUGCUUCCACUCAGAUCGGUGGUUCCUUCUCUGCCAUCGUUUGGAUCAUUCUCUCGUGGUUGAAGGGUAAGCCAUCGACCGUGGCCGUCAUCAAUGGUGUCAUUGCCGGUUUGGCAGGUAUCACCCCGGCCUCUGGUUACAUCAACUCGCAAUACUCGAUUGGUUUGGGUGUUGUUCUUGGUCUUGCCUCUUACCUCUCGGUCUACCUCUUGAAGCACCGUCUGCACAUCGACGAUGCUCUCGACGUCAGCUCUGUCCAUGGUCUCACCGGUAUUAUCGGUGCUAUCGCCAUUGGUUUCUGCGCACAAAAGUCAAUCAAUCCAGACGGAGGAGCCAACGGUCUCUUCUACGGAAAUGCACGUCUCCUCGGUAUCCAAGUUAUGGCUGUCGUUGUUGCCGCUGCAUGGUCGGCACUUGCCACCAUCGUCAUCAUUGUACUCAUCGACAAGAUCAUGGGACUCAGAAUCGAAGAAUCCGAAGAGGAACAUGGUUUGGAUUUGGUUGAACACGGUGAAUACGCAUAUCACAAGAUUUCAUUGAUCGACAAUGAAGACUCUCAUUACACACGUAUCAACAACCAUUACCAAUAA